GUUAAUAUAUUGGACCUGAAUCGGCUCAUCGAACUCGUUGAGGACAACUGUAGCGACUUAUAUCAUUUUCAUUUUCUUCAUUAGCCGUCCUCCUGAGCCUCUUUUGGUUUGUGGUACUCAAAACGUACCGCGCGGCUUGCUAUACUUUAUCAAGGAAAAGAUUUAUAGUGUCGGAUAUCACAUGUAUCAUGGCCUUAGUUAUCAUAUUCGUUCUGGCUGUAGUAUUAGCAAUCGCUACAGGCAGCGGCUUCAUUUCCUUUCCGGGAUUGCGCGGGGAGCAUCUGCCUCCAGGACCCUUAGCACUACCAUUCAUCGGCAAUAUCCACAGUCUACCCAGACUGGGUAUGAAAUUCAAAUUUUCUCAAUGGGCAAAAGAAUACGGCCCAAUCUUCUCUCUCAAAGCUUUCCACGGAAACAUUAUUGUUUUAAACUCAUCGUACCUUGCCAACGAGCUCUUUACUAAGCGAUCAGCAUACUAUAGCAACAGACCACCGCUAUAUGUCCUGGAUAAGUUGAUAUUCAACGGAGAUCACACGAUGCUUAUGAAUGCAGACGGGCGGUGGAAAUUACGGCGCAAGCUGUAUUACCAGCUUAUGAAUCCAUACAGAUGCGACAACGACCAUAGUUCCAUGAUCGAAGCCGAGAUUGCGCAAACACUGAAGGAUUUAUUCGUGGAGCCGAGCGCCUUGAUGCAUCAUCCGGGACGUUUGAGCAACAGCAUCAUCAUGUCCUUGGUCUUUGGAAUUCGCACGCCCAGACACGACACCAAUCAUUUUGACGAACUGCGCCAGAUAAUGACGGAACUAGCCUCCUUGGGUGAUAUCGGAGCAACACCGCCCAUCGACUUGCUCCCGUUCCUGAAAUUCUUACCAGAGCGACUUUGGGGUAACUGGAAAACUCAAGCAAAGCAGAUGCGAGAAAGGAUGCUUGGUCUCUACCACCCACUUGUUGAGAGAGUCAUUGAACGACGCAAACAACAUACGGCGCUCCAAACAAGCUUCCUGGACGCGGUCCUUGAUCAACAAGAAAAUUUGAAUUUAACCAGGAACGAGCUCGACGUCAUGUGCGGUAAUCUGAUCGAGGGAGGGACUGACACUAUAUCCACAUUUAUUUUGACUUUCUUUCAAGCCAUGGCUAAUCACCCAAGUGUUCAAAAAGAGGCCCAGCAGCAGAUCGACUUAGUCGUGGGUGAUGGUCGGAUGCCCAGUUGGAAAGACUACAAUCUCCUUCCCCGAGUCGCCAUGAUCAUAAAAGAAGUACUCAGGUGGCGGCCACCUACGUCUAGUGGUUUUCCGCACGCAUCAAGCAAAGAUGACACGAUUGAUGGUAUGAUGAUCCCUAAAGGUUCUAUGGUAAUCCUUAAUAUCUGGGAUAUCCAUCACGACCCCGUUCGCUAUCAAUAUCCUGAGAAGUUUGCUCCCUCCCGCUUUCAAUGGCAAACCCGUUUAGCGUCGGCGUAUGCAAAUUGUCACGACCACAGAGACAGAGACCACUUUGCUUAUGGGGCUGGACGCCGCUUAUGUCCUGGAAUCCACCUGGCCGAGCGAAUUCUGUUUUUAUUCGUCGCAAAGGUACUUUGGGCUUACACUAUACAUAUGGACUUAGAUACAGGGGGUAAUCCUAUACCGGUAGAUGUUGACCCGCGCACUGGAUAUCACCAGGGGGCGAUCAAUGAGUGUCUGCCUUUCAAGGUCAGGUUUGAAUUCAGAUCGUCAGAUCGUCAUGAGAUGGUGUUUGCCGAAGCAGAGAAAGUAAAAACAAAGACUUUUAAGAUAUAA